AUGAAGGUCUUCUCCUUGGCCCUGCUCACCGUGCUGCUGGCAGCUCUCUGGACUGGAAGCCAGGGUGUAUCCUUCCGCAGCCCCUAUAGUGCUUGCUGCUACAAGGAGAUGUUCAUCCGGCAGAAAAUCCCUGCUCUCCUCAUCAAGAGCUACCAGGAGACGCCUUCCCACUGCUCCCGCAGGGCCGUGCGCGUGGAGCUGCUGAAGGGGAAGAAGUUCUGUGUGGACCCAAAGGAGGGCUGGUUCCAGCAGUACCAGCGGCAGAAGGAGUCGUCCCACACCUCCACGUGA